AUGUUUGAUGGUGCAGCACAUAUGACAAAUGAAAUUCCUGAGCCAGAGAAAAACGUGCCUUUGGUUAUGGCUAUUGCUAAUAGUUUUUCUGCUAUAGCUGCAUUCUUAGCUGCUAUAGCUUACAUGUAUUGCAUAGUUAAACCUGAGCACAUGGCUUCUCCUAUUGGAGGACAACCAAUUAUUCAAUUAAUGAAUGAUGUAUUUCAUUCAAAAGUUUUAACGACUAUUGGUGUCUUAAUAUUGAUUAUUACAUUUUGGGGUUUAUAUAUUGGUUAUGGAUGUUCUGCAUCAAGUUUAGUGUGGUAUUUUUCCAACGCAGGUGGCCUUCCAUUAGGAAAAUCAUACUUUGGAAAAGUAAAUACGAAAUUUAAAGUUCCUGUUAAUUCACUUAUUUUUAUUACUUUAAUUUUGGGAACUACUAUAUUUGGCUCUUCGACGGCAUUAUCUGCUGUGUCGGGUUCUUCCAUGGGAUGUAUAAACUUAUCUUAUGUUUUUCCAGUUGCAUGUCUUCUUUGGAAAUCAAAGUUUGCCUUUAUCUCCAUAUGUGAGAUAUAA